CAUCCGGUCCGAGCUCUCAGAGGAAGCAGAGACUCUCCUGCUGUGUUGAGUCUGAAGCCUUCAGAGGACCCGUUUACUGCAGUCUACCCCGGAGGAGAGCCAGUGUUCACCGAGGCAGUGAUGAAGUCGACCUCCGCAGAGCGAGUCCACAUCCACUAAACCGGCCUCCUCUGAGUCCCCCUUCUGUUGACCUCCGGGUGGGGCUGGCCCCGCUCAGGGCCGAGGGUGGUGGUGGUGGUGGUGGUGGUGGUGGUGGGUGACCAGAGAUGGACAGCCGAUGCAGCAGCAGCGCCGAUUCCCGGCUGACCUGCAGGGCGGCGGGGUCUAUCAACACCACGCCCAUCUCCGUCAGGGGGGAGUCGUACGAAGUCGGGGAGAAGAAGUGCAUCUCUGAUGUGAGGAGGACCUUCUGCCUCUUCGUCACCUUUGACCUCCUGUUCAUCACCUUGCUCUGGAUCAUAGAGCUCAAUGUGAACGGCGGCAUUCAGCAGCAGCUGGAUAAAGAAGUCCUGCACUACAACUACCGCGCCUCCUUCUUCGAUAUUUUUCUCCUGGCGGUUUUCAGGUUCGCCGCUCUCAUCCUGGCGUACGCCGUCUGUAAGCUCCGUCACUGGUGGGCCAUCGCAAUCACGACUGCAGUCAGCUGUGCUUUCCUGAUUGUUAAAGUCAUUUUAUCAAAGCUGCUGUCUCAGGGCGCCUUUGGGUAUCUGCUGCCCAUCAUCUCCUUCGUGUUGGCCUGGAUAGAAACAUGGCUGCUCGACUUCAAGGUUCUUCCUCAGGAGACCGAGGACGAAAACAGAUAUCAGUCCAUCAUGGACGCCACAGAGCGAGCUCCUCUCAUGGGUCCGGGUCCUUUAUCUGACGGACAGUUCUACUCUCCACCAGAGUCUCUGGCAGACUCUGAUGAAGAACUGGAUGAUAAACAUGAUCCAGAAAAAGGGCUCAUUCAGCAGGUGAUCUAACAGGAUCUCCACUUCUGAAGUUUGUUCUGCUCCUGUUGUGCUACUGAGGGAAAAAGCUGCCUUACACAUUCUGCCAUUUUUGUCUUUAUUUAAAAAAAAAAAAAAAAAACGAAAUCUUUGUAUAUUCAAACCCACGAAUGCACCACUGUUUCUGAAAUCAGCCUCCUGCAUGAGCACCCGGGACCUGAAAAGUGCCGCUUAAAAAGCAAUCUCAGUAUCACAACCUAUUUCGGCAUUUUCUUUUUUUUUUUUAUUCCUCACGUUUAAUAAACUCUGGAGCUUUCGAGGAGGGUUGAUAUUUAUGGAUAUUGCACACAAAAUUAUGAAUUGUGUCCCAAAGUGUGUUGGAAGAAUUUGAUUUGCUCUAUUUCAGUAUUCAAAAACCUUUGACAAACAAAAAUGAAACACAGCUGUUCAUUCUUUCCCGAAGGAAUGAAUGUCUUAUUAGUGUUAUGUUUACUUUUAAUCUGCUGAUCAUUUUCACACGCUUGGGUUUGAAUUCACUGUAAAGGAAAAUAAGCUUGCUCCAUAAACUCUGCAUCAAUUAACAAAAAAAAAGAUGGAUUUUUUUUUGGGCCAGUAUUGAGCUUAUGGAUCACAUUUGUAGCAAACGAGAGGUGUAAUAUUAAAAAUUUACUGAGUUUAAUAACUGAGAAACGUAUUUAAAUGCUUCCAAGGCUUAAACAACUUGCACGGGAAAGAAAACACAUUUUAUUUAAGAGUGAAGUAUUCAUUUCACUUUAAUACUAAACGUCCGGCACUUACACAUGAAGGUUUGAGCGGCUCUGUACAAACUGUAACCUGCUCUUUAAAAAAGCUGCUUUCAGACACAGUACGAGCUCAAUAUGAGUAAAAAUAAAUAAGAAAUAAUGUGCAUAUCUUCACGCAUGUCUUUGCAAAGUGGUUUUGUUUUUAUGAAACGCUUGUUCAACAUCGAAUCAUUAAAAUGUGAAAUCUUG